AUGAGAGCUAACCGCUCUCUCUUGUUUGGCCUUUUUUGUGCCCUAGCCACCGCCAUAUUAGUUGACGGCCAAAGUCAAUCAGGUUACAUCAGUAUCGAUUGCGGCGUAGCUCCUAACAAAAUUGAGAAAGACAUUGUUACUGGUAUCUAUUACUCUUCUGAUGAUUCUUUCAUAACCACCGGAGUAAAUUUCAACGUCUCUGAAGAAUACGGUUACCCGAAAAACCUCUUUUUGCCCUACCCUCUUGCUGACUUAAGAGCUUUCCCUCAAGGAAACAGAAACUGUUACACCUUAAAUCCUUCAGAAGGAAAAAAAAAUCUUUAUCUCAUCAGAGCCUCCUUUAUGUACGGGAACUAUGAUGGUAAAAAUGGUCUGCCCGAAUUCGAUCUCUACCUAAACGUGAACUUCUGGUCGACAGUGAAAUUCAAGAAUGCUUCUGAUCAAGUCUACAAAGAGAUCCUAAGCUUUGCAACGUCAGAGACAGUAUACGUUUGCCUUGUGAACAAAGGUAAAGGAAUUCCUUUUAUUUCAGGCUUGGAGCUCCGGCCAGUGAAUAGCUCAAUCUACGGUACUGAAUUUGGAAGAAAUGUCUCUUUGGCUCUCUAUCAAAGAUGGGACACUGGAUAUUUAAACGGAACAGGACGGUACCAGAAUGAUAUAUAUGACCGUAUCUGGUCUCCAUACACCCCGGUUUCUUGGAUUUCAACCAAGACAACUGAGUACCUCGACAUUUUCCAGAGCGGUUAUAGGCCACCAGAUGAAGUUAUUAAGACAGCUGCUUCGCCUAAAAGCGGUGAUGGUCCAUUGGAAAUUGUCUGGACAUCAGAGGAUUCAAAUGCUCGGUUCUAUGCAUAUCUUCAUUUCGCGGAACUAGAAAAGCUCGAGAAGAAUGAGAGUCGAAAGAUCAAGAUUUUGUGGAACGGUUCCCCUGUUUCCGAAACUUCUUUCCUUCCUUCUUCGAAAUAUUCAAUGACGUUUUCUAAUUCAAGAGCUUUCACUGGUAAAGAUCAUUUGAUUUCUGUUCAGAAAACCGAAGAUUCUACGCUUCCACCAAUUCUCAAUGCUAUCGAGAUCUUUACCGCACAAUCUCUUGAUGAAUUUUUCACUGCAAUUGAAGACGUUCACGCGGUAGAAGAUAUCAAAUUAACGUACAAAGUGAAUAAGGUUUGGAGUGGGGAUCCUUGCUCCCCAAGACUAUUCCCUUGGGAAGGUAUUGAAUGCAUCUACAACAAUCCUAAUUAUCAUAUCAAAUCCCUUAAUCUUAGCUCAAGCGGAUUACAAGGUCCAAUAGCCUCUGCAUUCAGAAAUCUCAAAUUUCUUGAGUCAUUGGAUUUAUCGAACAACGGCCUACAACAAAAUGUGCCAGAGUUUUUGGCUGAUCUGAAACAUUUGAAGUUCCUGAAUUUGAAAGGAAAUGAUUUUACUGGCUUUAUCCCAAAAUCUCUUAUGAAAAAAUUGAAGGACGGUGUGCUUGCACUCAGUGUGGAUGACCGAAACAUUUGUAACUCACAUUCAUGUGAAGAUAAGAACAAGAACAACAUGGUCGUGCCAAUAGCUGUAGCCACAUCAGUGAUCGUUCUCCUUGUGAUCCUGAUUAUCAUAUGGAUCAUACUAAGGCAAAGAAAAAGAAGAGGUAAUUCACGACCAGGACCACUCUUGCCUUCAGGGAAGAGAAGGUUCACGUACAAUGAGGUUUCUAGCAUUACAAAAAACUUCAAUAAAGUGAUCGGUAAAGGAGGUUUUGGAAUCGUCUACCUCGGUUCUCUUGAAGAUGGGACUGAAAUUGCUGUAAAAAUGAUGAAGGAUCCUUCAUCGACAAAACCUCAAUUACCAUCAUCAUCAUCCCCAGCUUCCAAAGAAUUCCAAGUCGAGGCAGAGCUUCUUUUGACAGUCCAUCACAGGAACAUAGCCUCGUUUGUUGGAUACUGCGAUGAUGACCGUAGUAUGGCUCUCAUCUACGAGUACAUGGCCAAUGGCAACUUGCAGGAUUAUCUUUCAAGUGAGAAUGCAGGGCAUCUUAGCUGGGAAAAGAGACUCCAUAUAGCCAUAGACUCUGCACAAGGAUUGGAGUAUUUGCACAAUGGAUGCAUGCCAUCAAUAAUACACAGAGACGUUAAAACAGCAAACAUUCUUUUGAACGAUAACUUGGAAGCCAAGAUUGCCGAUUUUGGCGUUUCCAAGGUCUUCCCUGAGGACGAUCUCAGCCACAUCGAGACUGUAGUCAUGGGCACUCCCGGCUACAUUGAUCCUGAAUAUUACCGCACGUUUAUGCUGAACGAGAAAAGCGACGUGUACAGUUUCGGGAUCGUCCUUCUUGAACUCAUCACGGGUCAGCGAGCCAUUGUGAAAACCGAAGACGGAGACAAAAUCAGUGUCGUUCACUUCGUCGAGCCUUUCUUCGAGAUGGGGGAGCUUGAGGGUGUCGUGGACCCGCUGCUUCGUGGCGACUACUCAUUGGACUCAGCUUGGAAAUUUGUGGAAGUGGCAAUGUCUUGCGUUAGAGACAGAGGAUUCAACAGACCAACAAUGAACCAGAUCGUGUCUGAGCUACAGCAGUGCUUAGCCGCUGAGCUGGCUCGUGAGCCACUGAGCCAUGAGGUUUGA